AUGGCAGAUGUCAAUAAACCACGAGGGAGGGGUAGACCAAGGGGCCGGGGUGGUAAUGCUGCAAGUCGAGUGCAAGCACCCCGGGAAGCCCAGAACAUUGCUGCGGCGCCUGUAGCACCUGAACUGAUAGCGCGACGCAACAAGCGACGGGUCGAAGAACUUGAACGAUCCAAUUAUACAGAUGUCAGAAACACUGAUCUGGGGACCGGUCUAGCAGGUAACCGGAGUCGGACGACACUCGCAGACGACUGUAACAAGGGUCGGAAGAAGUCUACUACCCAUGUGCGGUCGAUCCUAUUGUACCGAAAAAAUCUAAAUGCGAUUAUCGAACAAGAGGGGUUGGGAUCACUUCCCAGCCAUGUGCCCAGCUAUCUGACUGCCGCAGCACCUGAGAGCGCGACAGAAGCCCGAAAAUUGUGUUCGCCACGCAUACGGAUACACGUUGUGAACGGCGAAUUGCUUGAUGUCGCGGCAAUUACACGCAAUGAUGGGUUCGAUUCGGUCGGUGAGAACAGCCUUAGCUUAGGGUUGGAAACGAGGGAUCGCAAUCAAGACUGGGUCCUAGAUUUGCAUAUACGCAACUGGGCCUACCCAAACUGUGGUCUGGCGCUUGUCGGCGGUGGCUCGGUCGAGGCAGCUACCUAUUGGAAUGAUGUUGAACGCCACGGGCAGCAUUGUGUCACAAUGUGCAUAUAUGCGAUUUGGAGCCUUCAAAGAGAGGACGAGCCGACCGGAACCGCUCUCUCAAUUGUAAGCAACGACCACCUUUUGCUAGAAGAAUUAUCUGUCAAUAUGGGCGGAGAUCAUAUGUGUCCUGUAUGUUCUGCGACAUUUACACGGCCCCAACACGUAGCACGCCACAUGCGCUCCCACACUGGAGACAGACCCUACGCAUGCCAGACCUGCGGAGACCGCUUCGCAAGAAGUGACCUGCUCUCUCGCCAUGUGAACAAGUGCCAUACCCCCGGCGGCCUUGCCAAUACAACGUCGCGUAAGCAGGGGGCGCGCAACCAAUCAGCAGCCUCGGAUGACAAGAAGCGCCGUCCAUGCGAGGAGUGCACACAAAGCAGUACCAAAUGCGAUUUUGGACGCCCAUCAUGCAAUAAUUGUUCCUCACGUGGUUCCAAAUGUAACUAUCCCAAGACGAAGCGUCCCCGUCGAAACACCAACCCUUCUCCCAACAACGUGCCUGGAACACUUCCCGAACACGCUAUCUCCCUCCCCCAAGAGCCGAUGAUAAACUCAUUUGGCCAUUACCAGGAAGAUAUGCCACCCUUCAAUUUCCACUACCCACCCCCUGACAACCCCAUCGCCAUGCCCCCUAUAUUCGAUAACACCGUACCAAUGCCCAAUCCGGCCUCGAACACGUUUAUGGGAAGCCCAGAAGCGCCUUCUCUUUCCUUUUCGGCCGCAACAAGUGAAAGCGCCGACUCAUCUCCAUGGAAUGGCAUGGACCUGAUGGGACUGAACAACGUACCCAGUAACUUUGAUGGCGGUGUCUUCCAUGAUCCCAACGCGCCUAGCUACACAUCAUCGCACAAGUUUCAGACCUCGAUGGGCAGCCCGUUCAGCUAUAAUAUCGAUUCACAACACGAGCCAAGUCAAAUUCCACUGACUACGCUUCACCAGCGCCCGGCAUCAGCCUCUUAUCAGCGUCACUCGAUCCAGCACCAUCAGCGCCAUCGCUCGUCUCCUUCACUUGAUGGAUCUCAUCAACUUCUUAAUCAAGCGCUGUUGCGCGCUCAGGGUCAACAAUACCCUGCCAUCACCCCGACUAGACUGUACAUGCACCGUGGCAGCGUAAGCGCGAGUGACUCGGGUACGGACUAUGAAUCUUCUGGAAGACCGGGAACCGCUAGCGAAUACACCGACUUUCCUAGCCCAAUGAGUCUAGUUGGUUCGGAAUCCGGAAGUACCACCAGUAUUGGACGUGCGAUCGACGAUAUAGCCUUGCAUGACCCUGGCGCUAGCUCUCUGCUUUCCAUGGGCCCUAUGAUGGUCCCCGGGAUAGGUAUGGGGACUGGACUCACCCCUCAGGUCGAGUCUCCGUCUAGGCCCUCUAUGACGCAACGCCAAUCAACCUUCGGGGAUCUCAAGGCUUUCUGGAACGAAUGCAUGGAUGGCCAAAACCAGCCCAAUGGCGAGGGCCGGGGGCACUCUUUGGCCAAGAUGACGUCAAUGCCUUGUCUAAAGACGCCGAGAGGAGAUGCAACCCCCCGUGCCGCUGCGGUCGAUCCCCUCACUAGAAUUGGCCAGCAACGGCCUCAGUCCGGAGCCGGCCAGACUCCUCGCGUGGGUGGGCCGGAGACUAAAGGGCUCGAACAGUAUCGUAGUGCCUUGAAUGCGCUACCAGCACCGUCUCUCCAGAUGGCACCCAAGAUGAAAGCUGCAGCAGCUAAGCAAGAAGAGUCUGAUUCGAAAACCAAUAUCAAGAACGACCCAACCUUCCCCCCUCCUUUUGCUCCCGGUACCCUCCAAGGUGAUGCCUGGCGCUCAUUGAUGACCAACACUGGAUCGUACGUCGUGGAACCGAGCAACAAUCGACCAAACUACAAGCGCUUGCCGUCUCAGACGCUUGGGCCCGAGAAUAGCAAGCGUGCCAAGGACGGUGACGAUAAUGCAGUUUUAACUGACGACGACGACGAUGACGCGACGGAAACCGAUUAUAAGCAGUCGCAACAGGAAUGGCACCGUCGGAUGAGUUUACCAGCACUGGGUCGUUCAGGUGUUGGUGCAGCCCGGUUGCGCCAGCCGCAGCCAGUACCUGCAUCAGGCAGGCAAGGCGGCGUACUCAACUGA